AUGACUGUUACAAAAUGUUCCACAACUCAAAGGAAAAUCAUGCUCAAUUACAUGAUGGAACAUAAAGACCUGGCUGAUGGAAAGAUUAAAGAUGGAAGCAAUUAUAAAGAAAAGGCGAAAGACAGAAAGGAAAAACAUAGAGUCCAAACUAAAAUGAGUAAAAAUGAGGUAGAAUUGGAAAGUGUUAAAAAUAAUCUUCCUCAUGGAAGUAAAGAAGAAAAUAAUUAUUCCUCAGAGAAUGAAUUUGAAGAGGUGGAAAACAAAAUGGAGGUCGACAGUUUAUAUUCCGUUUCAGAAGAAAAUUCAUUGAGUUGCAGCACGGGAAAUGAAGUUGAAUUAAGUGGUUCCGAAACGGAAGAAAAUGAGUCGAAGUUACAAGUAAAAGAAGAACAAGAAGAAACUAAAAUGGAUGAAAGUGAUAAUGAAGAAAGUGAUAAUAGAUGCGAAAAUGGGAAAAGAGUAGGAAGUAACGAUAAAGAUAAACCAAACAACACGAAAAAAAUGAAACUGAAUAAUUACAAAACUCCAUUAAGUGAUUCUGAGACGGAAGAAAAUAAAUCGAAUUUAAAAGUAAACGAAGCAAUUAAAAUGUAUAAAAAAAAUUUGCUUAAUGAAAGUGAUGACAGUUGCGAAAAUAAGAAAAGAGUUAUAAAUGACGAUAAAGAUAAACCAAUCAACACGAAGAAAAUGAAACCUAAUAAUCAGAGUAUGUAA